AUGCCAAAGAGGUUCUUGUUCACGUCUGAGUCUGUUUCAGCUGGGCACCCAGACAAGAUGUGUGAUCAAGUCUCUGAUGCCAUCUUAGAUGCGUGUUUGAAGCAAGAUCCUAAUUCAUAUGUAGCUUGUGAGACUGCAACGAAGACUGGAAUUAUCAUGUUGUUAGGUGAAAUCACGACAUCUGCCAAAAUCGAUGUUCAGUCUAUUGUUAGAAAUGUAGUGAAGGAUAUUGGAUACGACGACACGUCGAAAGGAUUUGAUUAUCACACAUGUGCAGUGUUGUCUUGUUUGGAACAACAAAGUCCAGACAUUGCUAAUGGCGUCCACGUGGCUAAGAAAGACGAAGACAUUGGAGCGGGUGACCAGGGUAUCAUGUUUGGAUAUGCCACUGAUGAAUCGAAGGAAAUGAUGCCAUUGACACACGUCUUAGCUUCGAAAUUAGUGAUGAGACUUGAAGAGUGCAGGAAGAAGGGAAUUAUAUCAUGGCUGAGACCAGAUGCAAAGACACAAGUCACUUUGGAGUAUGAGGACAAUGACGGACAUUUAACUCCAAUUCGAGUCCACACCAUUGUCAUCUCUACACAACACUCUCCGGAAGUCACUAAUGAAGAGAUUUCUAAGACACUCGAAGAAGAAGUCACUAAGAAGGUCAUUCCAGCGGAGUUGAUUGAUAGCAACACACUCAGAUUCUAUAACCCAAGUGGAAGAUUUGUCAUUGGAGGUCCAAUGGGCGAUGCUGGACUCACUGGAAGAAAGAUUAUUAUUGACACAUAUGGAGGAUGGGGGGCUCAUGGUGGAGGAGCUUUCUCUGGAAAAGAUUCAUCGAAAGUAGACAGAAGUGGGGCUUAUUGUGCUAGAUGGAUUGCAAAGAGUCUUGUGAAUGCUGGGUUGUGCAAGAGAGCACUUGUCCAGUUGAGUUAUGCCAUUGGUCUUUCACAUCCAUUGAGUGUCUAUGUUGACACAUACAAGACUGGUGUUAUUCCUGAUGAGAAAAUCGUCGACAUUGUCAACAAGAACUUCGAUAUGCGACCAGGUAUGAUCAUUAAGAACCUUAAAUUGAGAAGACCAAUAUUCCAGAAAACUGCAGCUGGUGGACAUUUCGGAAGAAAUGAUCCAGACUUCUUGUGGGAAGUACCAAAGACUCUUGAGAUGCCAGAGGAUGUUCGAGCUGUGUUAAAGAAUUAA